AUGAAGUGCCUCCUGCUCGCCCUGGCCCUCGUGUGCGCCGUGCAGGCCACCGCCGUGCCCCAGGCCACGAAGGACCUGGACAUCCAGAAGCUGGCGGGCCCCUGGCACUCCACGGCCAUGGCGGCCAGCGACAUCGCCCUCCUGGACUCCAAGGACGCCCCGCUGCGGGUGUUCGUCAAGGAGCUGCGGCCCAUCACCCCGAGCAGCCUGGAGAUCACCCAGAGCAGAUGGGAGAACGGCAAGUGCGUGGAGAAGAAGGUCCUGGCCACGAAAACCGCCGCCGCCGCCGAGUUCCAGAUCAACAACCAGGACGCGACCAAGCUCUACGUGAUGGACGCCACCCCCGAGACCAUGGUCGUCUGCAUGGAGGCCACCAAGGCGGCC